AUGGCGUCCUCUUCUGGAGCGGACGCGGGAGGUCCCUCGAGGCAAAACGAUGGCACCGAGACCUCGCCGCUGCUCGGCCACCCCGAUGAGGCAGCUGUGCCGGAGACGGGAGCAGCCCAGAAGCUGAACCAGACGUACGACAUUUUGAAGAAGUAUCUGUCGGCCAUUGGCAUCUUCCGGAUUCUGGCGGUGUUUCUGAUUGUAGGCGUUGUUCUCACUGCCGCUCUCUGGCCACGGACAAUCCCCGGCUCAGGCGUGGCACUUUGCCUGACGCCGGCCUGCAUCCACGCUGCAUCGGAAUACCUACAGAACCUGUCGCCCAACUACACGAACAUCGAUCCCUGCACCGAUUUUGAAGAGUUUGUCUGCGGCGGGUGGCACGAGAGCCACGAUAUGCGAGCAGACCAGGGCAUGAUUGAUGCACUCGGACUCAUCGACGACAGGGUGACGUCGACGAUCAGACACAUACUGGAGGGCGACUACCCUGGAUCGUCGAGCCACUCGGCUUUUUCGCCGUUGAAUCUGGCUGCGUCGACCAGGUCGGCCGACGAGCAGAACUUUGACGCGAUGAAGGAAGCUUACGACGCAUGCAUGGACACGGAAGCCAUUGCCAAGGUUGGGAUCUCUCCGAUUCUGAAGCUGAUCGACGACGUUGCGGCGACGUUCAGCAGCGAUGGAGACUACUCCGGAGCGAUGCUGUAUCUGCAAAAGGUGGGCGUCGGUGCGUUCUUUAAUUUUGGAGUCAGCGAGGACGAAAAGGAGCCAGAGACGCAGACAAUCAGCGUGAGCCCGAUGGUGAGCGUGGGGCUACCAUCCAAGUCGCACUUUAAGGACAAGCAAAUUGUGGCCAAGUACCAGGAGGCUAUGGCCAAGGUACUGGGCGCGCUCAAUCCCAAGGUGGCGACGAUCGGAGCAGGAACAGAGGCGGCUGCGGCGCUGGUUAAGCUCGAGUCCCGGCUGGUAGCGGCAGCACCGGAGCCUCAGGACAUGUUCGACGUGACAAAGACGUACAACAUGAUGUCGGUGGGGGCAACGGCCAAGCUGGUGCCACAGUUUGGGCUCAAGGGCAUGCUGAAGGCGCUCGUGCCGAAGGACUACGCUCUCAACACGACGAUCACGGCGUUUCCCGACAUUCUGGCCAACGUGUCGAGGAUUGUGGCGGACACGCCAGCCGAGGUGGUGCACAACUUCUUCUACUGGCGACUGAUCACGUCGUUUAGCGGAGCGGUGUUGGGGCCGGAGAUCCAGCCGCUGCUGCAGUUCCAGAACGUGCUGCAAGGCAAGGACGCGAACGCGGAGCCGGAGCGGUGGCGGACGUGCGUCCGGAGCGUGGGCAGCUCGGUGGGCUGGGUGCUCAGCCGGUUCUACGUGGAGGUGGCGUUCUCGGCAGCAGCCAAGGAGUUUGGCAACCAGAUCAUCUCGGACAUCAAGGCAGCGUACCUGCGCAACUUUGCUGGGCUCUCAUGGAUGGACGACGAGGUUAAGACGGUGGCGGCCGAAAAGGUGCACAACAUCGACCAGAAGGUGGGCUACCCAAGCGCGUCACCAAACAUCAUGGACGCGGCGGAGCUGCAGGCAUACUACGCGACGCUGAAGAUCAGCGGGUCGCACUUUGGCAACGUGGUGUCGGCGCGGCGGUUUGACGGGCGGGAGGAGUGGUCGGCGCUAGGCCGGGCGACGGACAUGCAGCGAUGGGGGAUGACGGCGGCGACGGUGAACGCGUACUACAACCCACCGCACAAUGAGAUUGUGUUCCCGGCGGCGAUCAUGCAGUUUCCGCUGUUCGGGGUGGACCUGCCGAGUUACGUGAGCUACGGGGCGUUUGGAGCGGUGGCAGGUCACGAGCUCUCGCACGCAUUUGACAACAACGGGCGGCACUACGACCUGCACGGGCGGUACAGCAACUGGUGGACGAACGGGACGAUUGCAGCAUUCCAGGCGCGGGCGCAGUGUCUGGUGGAGGAGUUUAGCAACUUCACGGUCGAGGGCAAGGACGGACCGGUGCACAUCAACGGCGAGCAGACGCUGGGCGAGAACAUUGCGGACUCGGGCGGGCUGACGGCGGCGUGGUCGGCGUGGCAUGCGCGGCGGAGCACGACCAAGGCCGGUCUAGAGCUCUCGCUGCCGGGACUGGAGCACUUUACGCACGAGCAGCUGUUUUACGUGUCGUUUGGCAAUGCGUGGUGCAGCAAGUGGCGGCCGGCUAUGCUGACCAACCGGGUGGUGACAGACGAGCACUCGCCGGAUGCCGUGCGGAUCAAGGGCACCGUGGCCAACUCGCGGGGUUUCCGGGAGGCGUUUCAGUGUCCGGUGAAGGAGCCGACGUGUGAGUUAUGGUAG